AUGACUACGAAAAUACUGGCUUUAAGAAAUGUAGUCAGAAAUCCAAUAACAGCAUUACUGAAGCAGCCCAAUAUACAAAAUAAUGGACAAAAUAACCUCAUACAAUUUAGCACAUCGCCUCUUGUUUACGUAAAUUUUUUCAACAAAUUGCCUGCAGAAAAAUUAUGGAAAUCCGUUACCUCUGUAAGUAAUGCUGGAGCUAAGAAGGGUCGUGGUAAGGGGGCUGGUCGAAUACGAAUAAGAGACUUGAAUCGGGGACAAAUAAUUGGAGUUGGCAAAAUAAAUAUGUUGUGGCCUGGACUGUCUGCCCCUGUCAUUAGAGGUAGAGAACUUCUUAAACAACAGAGAUUACCAGAUGAUCCAGAAAGGAUGGAAAAGCUGAUAAAACUGAGAGACUCUAUGACAAGAUUUAGACGCUUGAAGUUAAGUCCUAUAGAAAGAGGAUGGUCUGGAGCCAGAAUGCCUGGACGAAGUCUUGGACCUCCAGAUCCAGUUGCUGAUGAGGAAUUUGUUGGGUUUGAUACAAAGGUGCUUCAAUUGAGACCACUGCUUAUUAUGAAAGGAACAUUAGGACGUACAAGAAAUUUUCAAGCUAUGGUGGUGACAGGUAAUGGCCAAGGUUUAGCUGGAUUUGGAAUAGGCAAAGCAAAAGAAGCUCAAGCGGCUUUAAGAAAGGCCAAAAACAGAGCUGGCAAGAAAUUAAUGCACUUUGACAUUUAUAAGAAUCAUACAGUUUAUCACGAUUUCUUUACUGCAUUUGGUAAAACUAAGAUAUAUGUUCAAAAAAAGAAUGAAGGUUAUGGUUUAAUGGUACACCGAGCCAUUAAAGAAAUAUGUCAAGCUAUUGGUAUUAAGGACCUUCGCGCUAAAGUAGAGGGCCCAAGUAACUUGCAACAUAUUGUUAAAGCCUUUUUUAUCGGUCUCUUACAACAGAGGACUCAUCAACAAUUAGCUGAGGAAAAGAAAUUACAUCUUGUAGAAUACAGAGCGGAAAAUGAGUACUAUCCAACUGUAGUAGCUAGCCCAAGCACAGUCAGAACAAAGGAAGAAAUACCAAAAGAUGAAACUCUCGACUUCAAACAAUAUGUUAUGAAUGAUAAAGUUAUUUUGCAGAAAAAGAAAUUCCCCCGUUUCUAUGAGACCAUGCCUCAUUAUGAGUUAUUCCUUAAAAAAUAUGAAAAAUACAGAAAUCAUGAGAAAAUCAGACUCGAUCUCAAAGUUGAGUAUGGAGAAGUUAAGAGUUUCUUGAAUGACAAAUAUCCAGAAGAAAAAAAUGAGCAAGAAGCUUAG